GUGGCUCAGGCUGCCAGCUGCUCUCCUGUCUCUCGGUGAUGGUUAAUGAGAUUAGUAGUCCGUCUUAGCCUGCAUGGGGGUGCUUCUCUCUGCAACAUGCUUCGCCUCGGGACCGAGCGCGUCCGGGCUCUCUGGCGCUGAAUGAAGCAUCUUCCAGGGAGAGAAGAGGAGCCGGGGCAGCUGGAGAAGUGAAGGGCAGUGGGGCCGAGAUCUCGCCUGCUGUGGCAGAGUCUGAGACUCUGUGCGAAUCAUCCCCAUGCCACUUGUAAAUAAUAAAGUUGGCGAUGAUUGCGCAGCGAGCGGAGACAAGGCUUUGGCCGAUGGAAAGGCGCUGGUGGACUCGUUGAUAAAGGUUGUGGCUUGCUACCGGCAUUUAGCCUCAUGUGUGGGUGGGUGCACAGACAGCCUGCAGCUCCGCGACGAGUUGAGGCAAACAAGAGAAAAGGCCCAAAAGUUGGCCGGAGACAUCUGCCAACACCUGACCUCACACCUUAGGGACAAGAGCCUGCCCGAUGGACAGCGCAAGGAGAUGGAGCUCCUCUGGGUGGCCUUCUGCGCCUGCCUGGAGCUGCUGCACGUUGACAUGUGCAAAGUUUUGAACAUCAGCGGCAUUGUCUCGCUGGCCGACUCUGCAUCACUUGUGCACACUGGCCUGGAAGGAGGAUGCAGUGACGUAGCGGCCCGGGCCCUGAGUUUGCCCGACCUGAACCAGGUUCGGACGGAUUCCCUCCCUGCCGGCCUCGAGAGCCAGGAGCGCAGCACCAUGGAGCGGGAGAUCAGUCAAAUUGACCGCAUGAUCGACGACAUGGAGAUGAAAGUCAACGUGCUGCGUUGGAUGGUGGAGCCCCACGGGCCGCUGUACGCAGACCCCCUCAGCAGCACUGACAGCGCCUCCAUGGCUCUGCUGUCUGUAGACGAGGAGCAGCAGGCCCCCAUCUCUCAGCCCCUGUGCCAGCGGAGCCACAUAUUUGUGCUCUUACUGCUGCUUGGUGUUUUUUUUGUAGCGGCCACUUUAUCUCUCUGUAUUUUCUUUUUCUCGUGAGCAGGACCUUAAGAAAUUUCAAUCGUUCCAUCUUUUUCUGAAGGUGAGGAAAAAUGACUCAUUAGCUUAUUUGUUUAAACAGUGUACCAGACUUAAUCCAGAUGCAAGAUAGCAUACAAUUUUUUACACUAAAUCUAACUAAAUGCUUUUUUGAUUUUAAAAUAGCUUAUGCCACUUAGGACUUGAUUCAUAAUCUGAAAUUGAGUGUAGCCCAGAUGGGGAAUUUCCCUUUUGUUUUCUGCCAUCUGAAUUUAUCAGUAACAGGUUGGAAAAAUCAACUAGAUUGUCUCCUGAAGUUGGACAUCCCUGAACGACCCUGAACACAGCAUCCAAUAUGGCUGCUGCCCAUUAACUUGUUAAAUCAAUAACACAUAUAUGUAGCAUUGUCACAUUUUUUGUAAAAAUAUUCCUCUAGGGCCGAAAUGAAAUCAUCUGUUAUUUUCCAGCUCCUAUCUGAGCCGUGGUGCAGUUCACUGGGAUAUCAUUCCCAGAUCCAAGUCCUUACUUUCAAAGGAAACUGGAGCCUAGGAUUACUUUUUCUCUGUUAAAUGUAAAAAAGUAAGACAGAAAAGCUAACAUUUCUGUGCAUUUUGCUAAAUGAUUUUAGAAAAAAAAAAGAAGCUAAAAUGACACUUGCAACUUAUUUUUUCUGAUUGCCAAUGUAAGUACGUAGGUGCUUAUGCUUGGUAGAUGUAAUAAUUUAUCUUUUUUUGUAUAUAAUCAGCACUCUAAACUAAAGGACUACAAUGAUAUAAAUACAUUUACUGUGGAUUAUAAAAGUAUAAAGUUUGA